AUGGGUGGCCAAAACAUUCCUGCCAACAACGAGCAGAACCACGAGAACAUGGGACUGAUGCCCGUGCUGCCACCGGGCUUCCGCUUCUUCCCUUCUGAUGAAGAGAUCUUCCGCUACUACCUGGUGAACAAGAACGACCGCCCGAACCCCAACCUGGCCAACCGUUUCGAUCACAAUGUGAUCAGGGAGCUCGAUGUGUAUGGCUACAGCCCCUCGGAGCUGUCGGAGAAUCCUUUCUUCGAGUAUGGCUUUGGGGCGGCGACAAGGCACUGGUACUUCUACACGGCAGCUCGUGGGCCUGCUGAAAGGCAGAGCAGGAUGAGGGCCGUGAACAGUGGGUUCUGGCUGAUGAGGGGCAGGGGCGACCACGCUGUCCUGGGUGGUGGUGGUGAGGUUCUGGGGACCAAGAGCUGCUUUGUUUUCUACAUGGGGAAUACAGUUCAAAAUGCUGCUCGGACUGAUUGGACGCUGCAUGAGUUUGCCCUGCCUGAUCAUGCCGAGGCUUCUUCCGUAAACCAUCAUCAUGGGGACUCUGGUGGUGCUGGGAAUUUCGAUGCUGAUUUUGCUGCCCCGCCGGCAACAGGUGCUCCAUGGGUAGACUAUAUAGGGCUGAAUGAUUUUUUCAGCCCGCUGGGAAACACGGGCUGA